AUGUGUCUCGAUCAUCUUAGCAUUCAUACGUACGAUUUCCGCAGAGCAGUUUCGUUCUAUGAAACCGUUCUUGCUACGUUGGGUUAUAAACGAUUAAUUACAAUUCCAGGCGAUAGAGCAGUUGGUUUUGGUGGUCGAUUUCCGUCAUUUUGGAUUUCACCUGCAAAAACACCGGCUGGAGAAGGCUCACUCAUUGGAGCUCAUAUUGCUUUUGUUGCCAAGUCUCGCCGGGAUGUUGAUGAAUUCUAUCGGGUUGCGUUACAAAAUGGCGCAAAAGAUAAUGGACCACCCGGUCUUCGUCCGUUAUAUCAUCGAUUUUAUUACGGUGCUUUUGUAAUCGAUGCUGAUGGAAAUAAUAUCGAAGCUGUUAAUCAUUUCGACUGGCGAGUUUAUAUCGGAUGGAAAACCAUGUUAACACCAUUUUUGUUGGUAGCAAUUGGUGUAAUUAUUAAGAAAUACUUUUAA